UAUGUACACAGUCAAAUGGAUGUAAAAAAAUCUAUCUUACCCAACUGGGAAGUGGGAAGAAAAGGGAAUAAGAGAAAGUGUCUGUGGAGGAGUGGGAAAGGGGUGAUAAAAUGCAGCAGUGGUCAGAAGCAAAACAGACUUUAGAGGAGGAACAGGAUAAGAAGAGAGAGAAGUAUUAACAGAAGAAAGUAGGAUAGAAGAAACUGCACACUUAUAAUCAUAACUAUGAAUGUGAAUGAGAUUAAAUCAUGCACAAAAUGCUAAAUGCUGGGAAUAGAAAAAGAGGCAAAUCAGUCCCUGCCUUGAAGGAGUUUACAAUUUAACGGGGGAGACAAUCUACAAAUAAAUGUAUGCGAAACAAACUUUGUGUGGGAUAAAUAGGAAUUAAUAAAUAAGAGACACUGGAAUUAAGGAUUGGAGAAGAUUUUCUGAAGAAAGUGGGAAUUUAGUUGGAAUUUCAAGAAAGUCAUGGUCAGUAAUUGGAGUGGAGGAGGAAAAAUGUUCCAGUUAUGGCGACAGCUAGAAAGAAUGUUUAAAGCAAAGAUAUGGAGUAUCUUGUUCAUGGAAGCCAGUGUCAUUCGAUCAAAUACUAUUAGGAAAUAAUGUGUAAUGAUGGGCUUAUCUCUUUUCAACAAUGACAUAAAAUAAAAAACAUCCCAGUAUCUUUGCUGAGAUAACCCUAAGUGGGAUCACAAAGAGAUGACUGAACAAUAAAAAAGAUAGAAGAGCUUCAAGUACAGGAUCAACAAUGUGCUUUACAUCAACUGUUUUAUUAGGACCAAGCUAAGUUCAGAGAAGUUUGUCCCCAGAAGGUUGGCUCCUAGGUGAUGAAUUUUUGUGGUCAUGGCAACUCAAGAUUUUUAACUAAAGCAUGAAGAACUUGCUGUUUUUGUUGCUGGAAGAAGUGCCCACGCUUAUGAAGUAGUUUGAAAUAUGAAAAAUAAAAUGAAUGACCCCCUGUCAUUUGGAUACACGUUUUGAGAGAUAUUUGUUUCUUUUCUUUUUCACCAGUAGGGGUAAUGAUAGCUGUUCAUUGAACUAACUCUGACAUAAUUGCAAGAACACUUAGAUACAUAUGAUUAAGAAAAGGUGGGUUUAAAACUUGGAUCUACCUAUUAUCAGGGUGAAACUUUCCAGUUUCUUCCUGUAUAAGAUGAGGUCAAGUGGACCAGAUGAUGGCAGGCUGUAUAAUACAGUAACUUCCAUCUCCUGGCUCUGCUAUCUCUAGAAUCUCAGGCAGGUCACUCAGGCUCCAUGAAUCUUGGUUUUCUCAGCUAUAAACUAAAAGGUUUGGACUAGAAGACCCCUAAGUUCCUUUUAUUCUCCAAAUCUAUGAUCCUAGAAGUUAUAUUGUUUGGACCCAUCACCUGACAUUCAUUUCAGCCAGACUAAUUCAUUCGUGUUGUCAGGCAAUAAUCGAAUUAGAGGAUAGCUUUAGAGUUGGAAAGAAUCUUAGAAAUUCAUCUAAUUCAACCUCUCAAUUUUAUAGAUAGGGAACUGAAGAUGCGUGAGCCAGAUCUGAAUUCUUUCCGCUGGACUUCAGAGCUCCAGCCUCAUAGCCUAAUAACUUAGUCAUGGGAUCACAGAUUUAGAACUGGAAGGGACUUUGUAAUAAUUUUGUUGUUCAGUCAUGUCCAAUUCUCUGUGACGCCAUCCGGGGUUUUCUUGCCAUAUCUUGGCAGAGGUCUUGGAAUGACUGGCCAUUCAUUUCCUUCCCUGGAUUUUAACAGAUGAGGAAACUAAAGCAAAUAGGGGUAAGUGUCUGAGUUCAGAUUUCAGCUUAGAUUCUCCUAACUCCAGGCCAGGCUCUAUCCACUGCACCAUCUAGCUGUCCCUUUUAAUAAUAACAGCUAGUACUUAUAUAGCACCUACUCAGUGCUUCAACUCUGUGGGAAAGGGAGGGAGCUAUCAUUCCCAUAUAGAUAAGGAAACAGGCAAACAAGAUUACACAGCUAGUAAAUAUCUGAAAGUGAACUUAAACUUAGGUCUACCCAGUCUCUACUGUGUGAGUCAGCUGUGAGCCCUACUGUCAAGAUCAUCAAGCCCAUCUUUUGCAGACAGAACCAGAUACAUUUCUUGUGGGUUGGACCCAAAACACUCUGGAGUAUAGAUAGAACCAGAUAAAUAUUUGUAAUUGGGAAAUACCUAACAAAAUAAAUAAAAAUAUCAUGGAAUAUGUUACUUUUUAAAACUAGCCAAUAUAUGGCCUCUGGGAAUCCUUAGGUGUGAUUUAAUGACCCCCAUUUUCUAUUUGAACUUGAUACCACUGACUUAACCUGACCUUUGACUUUAGAGAAGAAGAAAUUGAGGUCUGAAAGGUAGAAGGUAGAAAUAUCUCCAAAGAACGAACUGGUAUUAAGAGACAAAGCUGGGAUUCUAACCUAGAACCCCUAACUCUAAAUCAUGUCAUCCUUCUACUAUACCGCCAUGUCUUUAGUCCCUCAAACAAAUGCAUUUUCACCAUAAGAGGAACCAAGGAGGGUGGGGAACAGGGGGUUUGAGAGAUGUUUGAGAUUGAUUGACAGGAAUGGGCAGAGAUCAGAUCUCCAAGGCAAGAAGAGUUGGAUUUAAGGCCAGCCUCUGACACAAACUAGUUCUAUGACCCUGAUCAAAUCAACCUAUCAGUGUUCUCAAAGGCAGCUCAGAGACUACAAACUGCAGAAAAGGUGGUGACUGAAUUGGUAGAUAAGAUGCAGUUCUUCAAGAGGACCCUCUUCUUCUCCAUCAAUAAAAUCAUGUAAUCAUUAUCUCUUAACAGGAUGAUAGCUUUAGAGCUAGCAGAAACGUUAGGGGUCAUCUAGGACCAGCUCCCUCGUUUUACAGAUGAGGAAAGGAAGAUAGAGAAAGAUGAAGUUAUUUGAAUCCAGGACCCUCCAUGACUAGCAGCCCCAGUCCCAUAAUUUCAGCUUUUUCUUCCACACUCAUUUCUCCAUUCUUUCUGUCUUUGAGUUUCCCUAAGACAAAAGGGUGUCAGAGAUCCCAGCCUCCUCAACAGACCCAAACUCCCCAGUCUUAACCCAUGGGCAGGAGGACUGCCUGCCAGCAGCAUCACUCCUGAACCCACAGGGGUUACCCUCUCAGAAUGGGGGAGGGGAAGCCGGAGUGGAUGGAGCAGAGCAGGUUCAUCACCGCGGCAACUGGCUGUCCACACUCGCAGUGGAAGAGAAGCAGGAAGCAGUUAACUUCUCAGCAUGGCUAAGGAAAGUGGCCCUGACCGAGAUGUACAAAUGGACAAAGCAGCCAAAAGAAACUCUAAGAAGAUUGGGAAGAAGAUGAAAAAGAAAAACAUGGAGGAGCUCAAGAAGGAAGUGCACAUGGAUGACCAUACACUGACUCUGGAGGAGUUAAGCCAAAAAUAUGGUGUUGAUCUGACUAAGGGUCUCAGCCACAAACAGGCAAAGGACAACCUGCUCCGGGAUGGGCCCAACACCCUCACCCCACCUCCUACCACUCCUGAAUGGAUCAAGUUCUUCCGUCAACUUUUCGGGGGCUUCUCCAUCCUGCUGUGGAUCGGUGCCAUCCUCUGUUUUUUGGCCUUCGGCAUUCAGUCCUUCAUGUAUAAGAAACCUGAGAAAGACAAUCUGUUUUUGGGCUUGGUGCUGUCUUGCGUGGUCAUUGUCACUGGCUGUUUCUCCUAUUAUCAGGAAGCCAAGAGCUCUAAGAUUAUGGAAUCAUUCAAGAACAUGGUGCCACAGCAAGCCGUAGUGAUUAGGCAAGGGGAGAAGAUUCAGAUCCAUGUACAGAAUGUGGUUCGGGGAGACUUGGUGGAGGUGAAAGGCGGGGACCGAAUUCCUGCUGAUCUCCGGGUCAUCUCUGCCCAAGGAUGUAAGGUUGAUAAUUCAUCUCUGACUGGCGAGUCGGAGCCACAAAGCCGUUCUCCCGAUUUCAGUGACCCCAAUCCCCUAGAAACCCGUAACAUCUGCUUCUUCUCCACCAACUGCGUUGAAGGAACAGCCCGGGGCAUUGUGAUUGCCACUGGAGACCACACGGUGAUGGGACGCAUUGCCUCAUUGACUUCUGUCCUGGAAUCUGGCAAGACACCCAUUGCCAUUGAGAUUGAGCACUUUAUCCACAUAAUCACAGGGGUGGCUGUAUUUCUGGGAGUCAGCUUCUUCAUUCUCUCCCUUCUCCUGGGUUAUGGCUGGCUGCACGCUGUCAUCUUCCUCAUCGGCAUCAUCGUGGCCAAUGUACCUGAGGGCUUGCUAGCCACUGUCACUGUGUGUCUAACUUUGACAGCCAAGCGAAUGGCUCGGAAGAAUUGUCUGGUCAAGAACCUUGAGGCUGUAGAGACCCUGGGCUCCACUUCCACCAUCUGCUCAGACAAGACGGGCACCCUGACCCAGAACCGGAUGACUGUGGCCCACAUGUGGUUUGACAAGACUAUAUCUGAGGCUGACACUACUGAGGACCAGUCUGGAAAGACUUUUGACAAGAAUUCUGAAACUUGGUCUAUUUUGGCUCUCAUUGCUGGUCUGUGUAAUCGAGCUGAAUUUCAAGCAGGUCAAGAUAAAAUCCCUGUCACUAAGAGAACGACCACAGGUGAUGCUUCUGAAUCAGCUCUACUCAAGUUCGUUGAACAAACUUAUGGCUCGGUCGUUGAGAUGAGGAUGAAAUACACUAAGGUGGCAGAGAUUCCCUUCAACUCCACCAACAAGUACCAGCUAUCGAUCCAUAUUCGAGAUGAGACCUCCAUGAGAUAUUUUCUAGUGAUGAAGGGGGCUCCGGAACAAAUCCUAGAGCGUUGCUCAACUAUUCUGGUACAUGGUAAAGAACAAACAUUGGAUGACAAGACUCAAGAGGCCUUCCAGAAUGCCUACAUGGAACUGGGAGGACGAGGGGAGCGUGUGCUGGGAUUCUGCUAUUUGAACCUCUCUGACCCAUAUGUUGGGGACUUUAAUUUUGAUACAGACAAUGUCAAUUUCCCUAUAAAAAAUCUCUGUUUUGUGGGGCUUAUAUCCAUGAUUGACCCACCCCGGGCUGCUGUACCGGAUGCUGUAGGCAAGUGCCGAAGUGCAGGUAUAAAGGUGAUCAUGGUAACUGGGGAUCACCCUAUCACUGCCAAGGCCAUCGCCAAAGGUGUCGGAAUAAUCUCUGAAAACAGUGAGACUGUGGAGGAUAUUGCUGCCCGGCUACAUAUCUCUGUCAGCCAGGUGGAGCCCAGGGAUGCGAUAGCCUGUGUGGUACAUGGCUCCCAACUAAAGGACAUGUCACAGGAGCAGCUUGACGCUAUACUCCGAGAACACCCUGAGAUUGUCUUUGCCCGAACUUCGCCUCAACAAAAGCUCAUCAUUGUGGAAGGAUGUCAGAGACAGGGUGCCAUUGUGGCAGUGACUGGGGAUGGAGUAAAUGACUCUCCUGCUCUGAAAAAAGCCGACAUCGGCAUUGCCAUGGGGAUCGCUGGCUCUGAUGUCUCCAAGCAGGCAGCUGACAUGAUCCUUCUGGAUGACAAUUUUGCCUCCAUUGUCACUGGUGUGGAAGAAGGCCGACUCAUCUUUGACAAUCUGAAGAAAUCCAUCGCCUACACCCUGACCAGCAAUAUUCCUGAGAUCAGCCCUUUCUUGCUCUUCAUCAUCAUCAAUAUACCCCUGCCUCUGGGCACUAUCACCAUUCUCUGCAUUGAUCUGGGUACUGACAUGGUCCCUGCAAUCUCCUUAGCCUAUGAGACAGCAGAGAGUGACAUCAUGAAGCGUAUGCCUCGGGACCCCAAGAGAGACAAGCUGGUGAAUCGGCGGCUCAUCAGCAUGGCCUAUGGGCAAAUAGGGAUGAUCCAGGCUUUGGCUGGUUUCUUCACUUACUUUGUGAUCCUGGCAGAGAAUGGUUUCCUUCCAUCACAUUUGUUGGGCAUCAGAAUUUAUUGGGAUGAUUUUCAUUUGAAUGAUCUGGAAGAUAAUUAUGGACAGCAGUGGACCUAUGAGCAGCGGAAGGUGGUGGAGUACACAUGUCAAACAGCCUUCUUCAUCAGCAUUGUAGAAGUGCAAUGGACUGAUCUCAUCAUCUGCAAGACCCGUCGAAACUCCCUUUUCCAGCAGGGCAUGAAGAACAAGAUCUUGAUCUUUGGGUUAAUAGAAGAGACAGUUCUGGCAGCCUUUCUGUCCUACUGCCCAGGCAUGGAUGUUGCCCUUCGCAUGUACCCACUCAAAUUAAUUUGGUGGCUCUGUGCCCUACCCUACUCUUUCCUUAUCUUUGUUUAUGAUGAGUGCCGAAAAUAUAUACUGCGGCACAAUCCUGGUGGCUGGGUGGAGAUGGAAACAUACUACUGAACUCAGCAGAGAAGACAUGUACUGGACGGAAAGAGCAUCCUGAAAGUGGAGGGGAUGGGUGGUGAUUGCUGGCUCAUGAGUAUUGUCCAGGCAGAGGCUGGUAUCUGGUUAAAAUUAAGGAAUAAUUAGGAUUAGGGAUGGAAUAUAGGAUAUCCCUGAAUGGGGAGGGGUAAGAAGAAAAGGGAAUUAAAAUUAAAAUUUAGACAGGAUGAAAGGGGUAAAAUUGACCACGUUUUGGCUGAUGGAAAUUAUAGGAAAAUGUUACCCUUGAAACUUAACUGUGAAUUGCCAGUCUAGAUAAUAAAAGUUUUAAUAUAUUGUAACCAUA